AUCGCUGCGGCAGGGCAGGGCCAGGGUUCUCGUGGGGGGGUGCGAUCUGGUGUUUGGAUGGUUUAAAUGCUGGCCCAGGUAGACUGAAAAGGCAGGGUCAGACCGAUUCUCCUCACUCUGCUGCAACACUUACUCGUACCUUUGCGGUGCUGAGGCUUUGUGUUUACAAGCUUUACGGCAACUUGGCCUGCUGUGUGAUGAACUGAGGCUGUGGGACUGCUCUGGAUUCCUGGUCUAUGGACUCAGUUUGGUUCUUAUUGUUUGCAUGAGUUGUGUCUCUUCUCUGCACAUUGGGUGUUGGUUUUUCUUUUUUUAAUUGGGCUCUUUUGGGUUUCUUGCUUUGUGGCUGCCUGUAAGCAGAUGAAUCUCAAGACUGCAAUUUAUAAAUACUUUGAUAAUAACUGUACUUUGAACUUGGAAAAAAAUAUUCUCUUACGUUCAUUUGGUGAUCUACAAUCCUGCACUGUUCUGUGGAUUCUGCAGUAUUACAGUGCCCCCCUCAUAAAAAUAGAAAUUAGUUCAAUGUCUAUAAAAUUGUUUUCAAAAGGCCUGAGUUCUUUGUACAAUAAUAAUGCAAGUAUUCUUUUUUCUUUCCGUAUGUUACAAGGAUGUUUCAGGGACUGGAGGACCUGAACUAUGAGGAAAGAUUGAAUAGGUUAGGACUUUAUUCCCUGGAGUAUAUGACAAUGAGGGGAGCUUUGAUAAAGGUAUACAAAGUUAUGAGGGAUAUUUGUGGGGUAAGUGCAAGCUUGCUUUUUCCACUGACUUUGGGUGAGGCUUGAACUAGAGGCCAUGGGUUAGGGGUGAAAGGUAAAAUGUUUAAGAGGAACAUGAGUGGGAACUUCUUCACUCGGAGGGUGGUAAGAGUUUGGAGCGAGCUGCCAGCAGAAGUGGUGGAUGUGGGUUCCACUGGAACAUUAAAGCGAAGUCUGGAUAAAUACGUGGAUACAAGGGGUAUGGAGGGCUCUGGUCAGGGUGUGGGACUAUGGAAGGCAGGAUCACAGGUCAGCUUGGACAAGAUGGACCAAAGGGCCUGUUUCUGUGCUUUAGUGCUGUAUGUCUCUGUAGAUGUUAUUUUUAAGCACUGUUUACUUUGAAUGUGUAACAAUGAGUGUUGGGAAUAGUUUUCCAGCAGACGCCCCUUUGGUUUGCCAUGGCCUUGGUGAGUCUGAUGGUCACCUACGAGGAUGACUCUGUGGAAGUUCGGUUUACAGAUGGCUCCAGCCUGCAGCUCUCUCCUUGCGGAUCAGAGUUUAUGGUUGAGAAGGGUCCUACACAGAACUUGCACCCUUUGCAGAGCAGCUGCCGGGUCCGGCAGCGAACGCCAUUCGUCAUCAGCAUUUACAAGGAGCAAGUGCUACAUGCAUUGGAAUUCAGGAAUCGGUUUGCUUCACGGCCUUACCUCCCCGCAAAUCUGAUCACUGCAGACAAGCUGUUGAAUGUGUUCUACGAUAUUUCUAAAGUGAGGUGGCCCGGUGCCAGUAAUGAAGGUGCGGUGACAGUUGCUGGUGAUGGUCGGGUUACAGUCUGCUCUCUGGGAGGUUUCGCCUUCCUCCACUUAUCUCCCUCUCGGCUUGAGUUCACUGUGGAUUUCCUGGCACGAGUCAGCCAGUCUGCCUCGAGCAAGUCACAUCGUAAACUGGAAUCAGCACAGAACGAUGAACAUUACAAAAAUCAGGAAAAUGUGGAGCCCGUAGGACUGACCUCUGGGCACGAUGUUUCGGAGAGAAGAGCCCAGAGUCGGCAGAGUGAAGCCUCAGCAGCCACUCGUCCCCAUGGUUCACACCUCAAGGGCAGAGGGCCAACAGGGAUCCAUUCCAAGCACAUGUACCAGUACACCUGGGUGGUUCAGCACCACACUGUGUCCUGGUGCCCACCAGAGUGGCGGCACCCUCUGCAUCUGGCACUUCACUAUAAUCGCCAGCAGGAUAAAUCACCAGACCCAAGUGGGAUGGGUGACCACACGGGCAGUCCUGGCACACUGGUGCCUGCUGCAGUGCCAGAAGUGACAACUGUCCUUCGAGGUUCACUGCCCCUUAACUGCCCAGCCCCACAUCUUCACAGGUGGCGAUAUAGAAAUGUGCUGAAUCCAAGAGUGCUGGACCUGGAGAGCUGCCUGUGUUCAGAGCCAGUGAAAAUGAUUUGGUACCAAGGGGUGGUCUACAGGGUUAUUGCUGGGUCAGUGACCUCUGUGGAAAUUUACCCAGGAGAUGGUUCUGUUCUCAAGCCCCACGAUGCCACGAACAGCUACUUCACUCAUUAUUGGCCAGGAUGCGCUGGUGAGCAGGGAGAAGAGAGAAUGUACAGAGUGAGCAGCCUUCCUCCGGACAUACCAGGCUCCAAAUACUCCAUCUGUUCCUUGGUCACGCAUGCAGUCAGGAUUCUGCAGUUCCAGAACCAGUUGAAGCUGUCUCUCAAACUGCUCGGGAUGUGCUGCUGGCAAACGGAGGAGUUCCAGCCAGGCCAUUCUAACCAGCUCCCACUUGUUCUCACUGAGAAAGUGAUUGAGAAUGUUGGAAGAUUCCUGGCAUUCUCCGAUGGACGCGUCCACAUCAGUUUCUGCAACGGUGUGAGACUGAACACGUCCUGGGACUCUGGGUCGCAGCACAGGCGAAAGGAGCAGGCCUCGUCUUCGCAGUGGAAUCCCUUGAUCUUGCCUGUGGUGUUAAGUGAACCAGAAACAGACAUGAAGCCUGGUUGGUUCCAGUUACUGUUCCCAGAUGGAUCCUCCCGAGUGGUGCAAUUGCAUUCUGCUGGAAGCUACAAGAGGUACGUUGCUGCUGCAGCUGACUGGUGUCGACAUCUGAGUGACAACCCACAGCAGAGGAAAUCCUUGGACGAGCCCAAACUACAGGCGUGUGGGCAGCGCCACAAUUGGUCUGUCAUCUCAGAACUUCAAAAAAUCCAAAGGUUUAACUUUCUGCUAGAGAAUUCCAGCUGUCUGAAGCGAGAGCCCUCAUCGCUUGACCAUUCUGUCACUCAGCGGCCUGAGGAGACCAGCCACUCGGAGGCAGAGGAGGGCUGGAGCGUCGAGGGAGCGCUGACAAAGACAGGCAGGGCGAUCCAAGAUAUCGAGCUACUGCUAGAGGCGAACCGGGAAGUGCAGAGGGAAAAGUCACGGAAGAGAGGCAAAGAGUUGAGCACUAUCAGGGAAACAAAGGGGUGCAGCGGGUAACAGAUCAAUGUCCCCUGGUCUGAGGUUGAAGCGGGGAAGGCCAGAUCAAAGAACCUAACCCAGGGAUUUGAUCAGUUACAUUGCUUGUCACUGUGCAUUCAAAGGCGUAUCGUGAACUUCGGGGUAAUGGACUCUCCAUCUAGUUGAAUUCCAUGUGAUUAUGGUGCCCUCUUGGUCUUUAGAAGAUGCACAAAUACUGCAGAGAUGAGGGUUCCGAGGUGGUGGAGGCACAUGAGACUGCGGACCUGAAACAAUGCACAAUCUGGUGGAGGAUCAGCAGAUCGAGCAGCUGCUGCGGGGAGAAGAAUUGUCAACGUUUCAGGUGGAAACCCUGUGCCACAGGGGAGGGAGAAGAGUGGAGUCAGGUAGAGGAGGGGAGUGAUAGAAUUGGGGAAUGGGCAGGUAGACGGAGCCAGGUAGAGGGUGAGGGUGCAACAGCAAAACUCCACCUCCCUAUGGUGACCAUGGGGGUGGUCAUGUGGCUGUCCGAAGCUGCAACAGAUGGGAACCACCGUUUGGGGUGUCAGAAUUCAAUACUGCGAGGAGUCUGUACAUCCUCCUGUGGGAUGUGUGGGUUUCCUCCAGGUCUUCCGGUUUCCUAUAGUCCAAAGGUUAGUAGGUGAUUGUAAAUUGCCCGUGAUUAGGCUAGGGUUAAAUUGGGGAGGGCCAGAAGGGCCUGUUCCGCGCUGUUUCUCCAAAUAAACAAACAGUCGUGCAUGGUUUAUUAUAGGGAGGUUUUACCAGGAUGUUGCCCGGACUUGGGGAUCUGAGUUACAAGGAGGGGUUGUGUGUACUCUGGGACUUUAUUCCUUGCAACAAGAGUGACCUGAUAGAUCAUAAGGGGUUUAGUCAGGGUGAAAGCACAUCGUCAUUUUCUCGGGGGGGGGGGGGUGUAGGUGUCAGACAAAGGUGAGAGAUUAGGAGCAACUCCUUCACAAAAAAAGUGGUGUGUAUUUGAAAUGACCUGCCAGAAGUGGUGGUUGAGGUAGGUACAUUAGCAAUAUAUAAAAGCCUUCCAGAUAAAUACAUGGACUGCAAAGGGUAAAGAGGGAUAUGGACCAAACACAGGCAGCAGGACUUGCUGGCAGGGCAACUAAGUCGGCAGGUAAGGGCAUGUUUCCCUGCUGUGGAAUCUGUGACCAAUAUGCAGUGCAGUCAGAGACUAUCGUUCACUUGAGACACAAAGAACAUCUCUCCUCUGAUGGACAAGAAUGGGGAUAUUAGUACCAGCCAGUGUUUAUUCUUCAACCAACAACACUUAAAGAUUCAAGAUUGUUUAAUAUCAUUUGCAAUAUACAAGUGUAAACAAAAACAAAAUAAUUAUUAUUCCAGAUCAGAUGCAAUGCAAAAAAAAACCCACAAAGGAGCACAAUAAUAAUUCUAAAAACACUCUUAAAUAUAAAUACAUAAGAUAACUGAAAUAUGUAGAUUAUGUCCAUAAACUAACACUAGGCACACGUAUCUGUACAUAAAGUGACUGACAGGUGGUUGGGGAUGUGGAGAGGUGGGUUAAUGGAUAGACGUUGUUGAUCAGAACUGCCGCUUGGAGAAAGUAACUGUCUGAGUCUGGUGGUCCUGGCGUGGAUGCUGUAUAGUCUCCUCCCUGAUGGGAGUGGGACAGACAGUCCAUGAGCAGGGUGGGGGAAAUCCGUCAUGAUGUUGCUGGCCCUUUCUGCGUAUAUGUCCUUGGUGGUGGGUGGGCUGGUGCCAGUGAUGGGUUGGGCAGUUUUGACUACCUGUUACUAAUGAAACCUGGCAGCUUCCUACAAUAAUGAUUGUAUGCAGAGCAAAGCCCUGGUCGUAGACUGCUCUGGACACCCUGAUGUGAGUGAAACCUUGCUGUUGCGGGUACUCUGCACCAGCUGGUGUGUCUUGCACAGACCUGUCCCUAGUCUAUCCUCUCGAUGUUGUAGAAAUUAAUCAUAGUCUUGCUUCAGGACAGUGGACUCCCCAUUUUACCCAGUAGGAUCCACAAAUACCAGUGCAGUUACUGAUCACUUAAGGGUGGGAAGUAGUCUGCAGGCCAUCCACGCUCUGAGAGGGAAAUAAAUCUUAAAGCUCGACAGCAGACAGUUCUCAUCUAUCUGUAUAGUCCUUUUCCUAGGGGCAGGGAAGUCUAAAGCCAGAGAGCAUAGGCUUAAGGUGAAAGGAGAAAAAUUUCAAGUUGUUUAAUGCAUUUCCAGUUCACGAGUGUAAGGGAGAAUAAAGUAAGAUCUGAUUCAGCACACAAAAACAUAAUAAGAUAGUGUUUCCACCGAGGGUGGUGGUUACGUAGUGUGACCUGCCAGAGGAAACUAUAGAAGUGAAUGUAAUCACAAUGUUUAAGAGACAUUGCACAGGUAUGUGUAUCAGAGGUUUAGUGGGGUAUGGGCCAAGUGCAGGCAAGGAGGACUUGCCUAGACAGGACAGAACAGCACAGAACCUUUGGCCACAAUGUUGUGCUGAACCAGUCAAAUGGCUAACUAAUCUCUCCUGCCUACACGUUGUCCAUGUCCCUCCAUUUUCCUCACAUUCAAGUGCCUAUCUGAAUGUCUUAAAAAUCCAUGUCUCUGCUUCUACAGCCAUUGCAGGCAGCAGAUUCCAGAUGCCCACCACCGUCUGUGUAGAGAGUUAGCCAAGAUGGACAACAUGGACUGUGUGAAUACUGUGGUGCUCUGGAUCCAUUCAAUGAAUAACUGCACUUUGCAAACCCCUUCCAGGGAAAGGUUAAAGCUUCAAAGGUUCCCAGCUCCAGGAAAUAAUUGUGGAUUCUUUCAGCAAGAACGUAGGAAGAAUUUCCUACUUAAAGGUGGGGCAGGGUGGGGGAAGAGAGGCCACACCGCAAAGUAACUUGUAUGUGAGUGUUUUGACUUAGAAUGAGAUUUAAUAUAAAUGCUAAUCUUUCUUGCGGUCUCUUGCACUACUACAGGUUGGCCUCAAAAGCAGAAGUGAAAGCACAUGUUUUGGAUAUAUAUACUGAUGAUUUUUGCAAGUUCUGUAGAUUGUAUUGUGCCAUUCUGUACCUUAUAGUGAAUAAAAUGUGGGGGUUGUUUAUUUCAAA